AUGACGAACAAUAUUGACAUCCACUACGCCACUGAGUCUGAGGCAGCCGCCCUUGGCGCUAUCAAUAUAGCCAGUUUCAGACAUCAACAAAUGUGGCUAAAUGCUCUGCCGGGGAUCGAGCCCGAGAUCUGUAUACCGAUGAAACAGGCUCGUUGUCUCGAGAAGAUGGAGUCCCCUGAUAUCCAUGUUUUCUCCGCGGUGGAUACCAGCGUUGAUCGGAUAGUGGGGUAUGCCCGCUGGACAGUUCCCUGGGAGGAAAAUAAAGUCGAGUUAUCCGAGGAGGGCAGAGCGAUGGUGGCGAAUGCAGCAAGCCUAAGACCAAAGGAAAUGAGGGAAGAUGUCUGGGAAGCCGCUUUCAAGCGGAUCAAAGAGAAAAGGGCUGUUAACGUUAAAAAAGAUGACAUGGUCCUGGAUAUUCUAGCCAUUUCACCCGAAUACCAAGGCAAGGGGAUCGGCAGCAAACUGCUACGGUGGGGGACUCAACAAGCUGAUGCCCGCAACGCGCGCAUCUAUCUUGAGGCCACCAUCGAGGGAUACCCGCUCUACCGCAAGUACGGGUGGCACGAAAUGGAGAGGCUUGUGAUUGACUAUGCAGAGUACGGUGGCACCGGCCAGGCGGUGUUUGUGCUCAUGAUGCGAGACCCUCAGAGUACCGCCCUGGCACAGGCUGCUAGAACGGAGACCAAGACUUUCAAUAUGGCGCUCCAGAUCGUCCCCAUGACCAAACAGGACAUUCCUGAGGCCGUAGAAUGCGUCCAGACGGCGUUUGCCGAGGAUCCGUAUUUCCACUGGUUAUUCGAUUCUUCAGAAUACAAUAUCCACCGGAACGCCGCCUCCCUCGCCGCCCACUUUCAAUAUGGCCUGAACUGCAACACCCCGAUGUACGUCGCCAAGGUCCCUAUCAGCGACAAGCACCCUCGCUCGGUCGUCGGCGUCAGCUGGUGGUUCUCUCCCCAGCCGGCCUCCAAGCCCGUCCCUUGGUCCGUCUGGGCCCAGGACUGGCUCCUCUCCUUCCGCCAGUUCUUCUUCAACGUCCGCUUCGGCGGACGAGGUGGCCUCAACCUGUACCGGUACAACAUGUGGAAGGAGAUGCAGCGGAAAACCCACGACGUAGUCUGGACCGACCCGCGCGGGUAUUACUUCUGUAAUGUCUUGGCUGUGAGCUCGGAAAUGCGCGGGAUGGGGCUGGGCCGGAAGCUGGUGGAGGUUGUCACGCAGCAGGCGGAUCGUGAUGGCAUGCCAUGUUAUUUAGAGAGCUCAAAGGGAGUUCCGAAUAUCAUUAUUUACGAGAAAUUGGGCUUUAACUUAGUCACGGAGAUUGAUUGCGUGGAUGGAAAGGAUGCUUGCAAGGUGAGUUGGUCUGUUUUGCUUGUGGGUUAUGCUAAUUUUGUAGCUGUAUUGUAUGGUUCGGAAGCCGAAGAUCAAGGCAUAAAACGGACUAUUACAGGUUUUGCCUUAUGA